AUGGCUGAGCUCUAUCCGUUAUUGGCGCAGUGCGCCAUCGUCGCAGCAGCUUUCAAGGUGCUGCUGUUCCCCGCAUACAAGUCGACGGACUUCGAGGUGCACCGCAAUUGGCUUGCGAUCACCCAUUCUCUUCCUGUUAAAGAAUGGUACUACGAGAAAACCUCCGAAUGGACACUCGAUUACCCCCCGUUCUUCGCAGCCUUCGAAUGGCUCAUGUCGCAAGCGGCUACACAUGUGGAUCCGGCCAUGCUGGUUGUCAAAAAUCUGCAUUAUGAUUCCUGGGAAACGGUCUAUUUUCAGCGGGCUACUGUAAUCUUGACCGAGUUGAUUCUGGUGUUUGCAUUGAGUCGAUUCGUGAAAUCGGCUUCCCCGUGGAAUAAGCAAGCUGCGCAUGUGGCCAGUCUUUCGAUCCUCCUCUCCCCCGGCCUCUUCAUCAUCGACCACAUUCAUUUCCAGUACAAUGGAUUCAUGUACGGUGUUCUUAUUCUCUCGAUUGUCCUCGCCCGCAAGCAGUCAACAAUGCUUCUGAGUGGAAUUCUUUUUGCCGCUUUACUGUGCUUCAAACACAUUUAUCUCUAUCUAGCCCUCGCAUAUUUCGUCUACUUGGGUCGCGCCUAUUGCCUCGACCCGAAAAAUGUUCUCCGGCCUCGAUUUGGUAACAUUCUCAAGCUUGGCGUGAGCGUGAUUGGUGUUUUUGGAGUUUCAUUCGGGCCUUUCGUCCAAUGGGGUCAGCUAUUCCAGCUUAAAGAUCGCCUUUUCCCUUUCUCGAGAGGCUUGUGCCAUGCAUACUGGGCACCCAAUAUCUGGGCCAUGUACUCGUUUACCGACCGGGCUUUGAUUCCUCUCGCACCACGCUUGGGACUAUCGGUGAAUACAGACGCCCUCAAUAGUGUCACCCGUGGCCUCGUGGGAGAUACCUCUUUUGCGAUUCUUCCAGAGAUCACCAGUGGACAGACGUUUAUACUCACUUUUGUCUUUCAACUGAUCCCGCUUAUGAAGCUAUGGCUUCGUCCAGAUUGGGAUACCUUUCUCGGCGCACUCACGCUCUGCGGAUACGCAUCAUUCUUGUUUGGCUGGCACGUCCACGAAAAAGCUGUCUUGUUGAUCAUCAUCCCGUUCAGUCUGAUCGCUCUCAAAGAUCGCCGUUACUUUAGCGCAUUCCGACCUCUAGCCGUUGCCGGACAUGUGUCUCUCUUUCCCCUGCUAUUCACAGCCGCUGAAUUUCCGCUCAAGACAGUUUACACUGUAUUCUGGCUGAUCCUCUUCCUCUUUGUUUUCGACCGGGUCGCGCCAGUCCCAGAACGACCGCGUAUCUUCGUGUUCGACCGACUUGCUCUGCUUUAUCUCACCUUUGCAAUCCCUUUGAUUGUGUACUGUUCACUAGUCCACCAGCUGAUCUUCGGGUUCGAGCGCCUGCAAUUUUUGCCCUUGAUGUUCAUGAGCAGCUAUUGUGCGCUGGGUGUUGUUGGUAGCUGGAUUGGGUUUAUGGUGGUUUAUUUUACCGCAUAG